AUGGCUUCAUUCGAUGAAUGGUUUGAGUGGCUUACAUAUUCCACCAACAAUGAAAGCAAAAAAGAGUCCAAUUUAUUUAAACCAGAUAUAACAUGGAAAGAUACACAACAAUCUGAAGCUAGAAAACUUUUGGAAGUGCAACUUCCUUUUAGUGAGUUGACAUGUGACAACAACAGAGCAAAUGACAUGGAUACCUUGUUUUCCACAAUGAUGCUCUACAUAGGGGUGCAAAUCUUUGUUUUCACAAUAAUUGGCAUCAUGAGCUGUGUGGCAUUAUUGUUUUAUAUUAAUGACAGGCGAAAAAGCAAAAGGAAGAUUAUAGGUCAGGAUAAGCGACUUCAAGAAACGAAAGAUUCACGCAGUUCAAACUUUUUCAACAAUUUUGAUCUUAGCCAGACGACAAACGGGACCGAAAAGUAUUAUGGGGACAGUAUUCUUCAUUGCUACAGUGAGGAUGAAACUGACAUUACCAGAUCCAUGAACCAUUAUUAUACCGAUGAGGUCACAGGAAAGAAAACACAUCAUCCAGGGUUGCAUGAUGACUUCAGUUGCAGCAGUUUUGCAACCAGUUGCAAUGGAGAAAACAUUGAGGCUGACAAUAAGGAAAAGGACAAAAAUGUUGAAGACGUGAUUUUAAAGAAGGAGCCUCAUCAUUUUGUCAACACAUACACAGAAACAUUUAAAUUGGCCCAAAAUGGUCCACAGUACAUUGACACAUACUUAGAUGCAUGCUUCGGACAAGCGGAUAAUUCGGAUAUCUUAUUUGACAGAGAUGACAUUGAUAUGAAUAGUCUCAUAUCAAAUAACGAUGAGAUGAUGAGUCUCACCCAGGAAGAAUUGGUUUAUCGCAUUGAAAUGCUAAGAUUUGCGUUAUCUCUAGAGUUCAACGGAAGCUCGAAUAUUUUCCAUCAAAUUGUGGAAAAUCAUGGGUUUUGGACAAACUUGAUUGAAAGUAAACUUACCAAUAAUCAUGUGAGAACUGCGUCCUUCCAAUUAAUAUCCGAUUUCAUGAGCUAUCAGGCCGAAAGUGAAAUCAUGGAUAGUGCCAUAUACUUGAAGUUUGUCAAUAGUAUGAUUCAGGGGAUACAAUAUCAAGCGGAAGACAUUCAGUAUGGGAAAUGUCUGAGAAGCUUAUUUGCCGUUCUUUGCAGUAUUUCAAUCGAAGAUUUCAUAAUCGUUUGCUUUGAUUAUUGGUAUGAUGACAGAAAUGCAGACACAUCCAAAGCUGUUGAGGCCACUGAGCUUGAAAUGCUCAAACUUGUUCUUGCUAACUCCUCAAAUCAGCUAAUAGGAGAUUCCAAGUUUUGCUUGAAGCUACUUCCAAGACUUCAUAGCUUUAUUCUGAUGAGAACAGAAGAUGGAAAUAGUCAAACGCAGUCUAAAAAGCAGGAACUAAUGAUUAUAAUCAACGCUUUGGAGACAGCUACAGAGACAGAGAAUGUGCCACGGAUAAAUAUAGCUAGCGAUACAAAGAACUUCAAACGAAGACUUUCUACAUCAAGAAAAGCGUCGUCAGAAAGACCAAAAAAGCUAAGAGCGUUGGGUGAUAUCAAGAACAUCGUGAAAUGA